UUUGUGUUCUACAGAAUGAAAAAGUCAAAAUAGAUUUGGAACGACGGCUGAAUAAAUGACGACAGAAUUUUCAUUUACAGACGGAUCUGUAACAGAAUAAUUUCCAUUGUUAGAAGAGAUGGAAUAUUGUAACAAAAUCAUCUCUAACUCCAACAUUUAAGAAUUAAAUCACAAGAAGGGAACCCCGUAGGUGUUACCAAUAAAAGAAAACUUGUAACAAUUCUAAGGGCUGUGUGAUGUCACGAAUCAAGCGCCACGGCAGCAUCCCUCAGUUUGACACCAUGACAACCGCAGCGCGCGAACGCUGGAAUCUUUGCAGCUGCCGCGAAGCCCAAUAUGAAGACAAGAUGCCGCCAUACGAGCGCGAGACACACUUGUUCCUUUGAAAUAUUCCUCGCUCCGCACUUUUGGAAAAAGACGUCGAAGAUUCGCGAAACCACCUGUAUCUAGCGUCCGUUGGCAAUGUGGGUUACACAGGCUUUCUGCUAGCUAAACCCUAAUAUUUCUGUGGCGUAAGAACUGCGCUGGGUUGAAUACACUGAAGUAAGCCGCGCGCAUAGGAGCUAUGAAAUGCGCAUUGGAGUCAGGAAUGCUCCUCAUGGCGUUUACGCGUGAAGAACCCACUGGGGCGUGUGUGUUGUGCGUUUUACUGCAUGUGUGGGAUAGUGAGAAAGGAAAAUAGAGGAAAGAAAACAGGCUUGAAUUUGCCGCACGCGUUCUACUGGCUCUACAUGGGGAAUAUGAGGAUCUCGUGAGUACGCCAAUGAUAAAUAGUAUUCCAGACUCCCCAGCCACAUAAGAAGACCACGGAACACCCUCCUCAGAGACCCCUUGUUUGAUAACGAGGAGCGAUUAAAUAUCCACACAGUAAGGCUCAUCAGCAUCCAUCAUGAAUCCCAUGUCACAUCUAUACUACAAAAAGAGCAGCUACUCUCCGUACCGGGACAGAAUCCCUCUACAGAUUGUCCGGGCGGAGGUAGAGCUGUCUCCAGAGGAGCGCUCCUUCCUUUCAGCUGUAGAAAAGGGUGACUAUGCAGGGGUCCAGCAUGCACUACGUGAGGCGGAGGUCUAUUACAACAUUGACGUCAACUGCGUGGAUCCACUGGGCCGCAGUGCACUACUAAUCGCUAUUGAGAAUGAGAACCUUGAGGUGAUGGAGCUGCUUCUGGAUCAUGGAGUGAACACUGGAGAUGCUCUGCUCUACGCCAUUCGUAAAGAAGUGGUGGGAGCCGUAGAGUUACUGCUGUCCCACAGGAAACCCAGUGGAGAGAAACAGGUUCCAUCAUUAAUGAUGGACACCCAGUUUUCAGAGUUCACACCUGACAUCACUCCCAUCAUGCUCGCCGCCCACACAAACAACUAUGAGAUCAUCAAACUCCUGGUCCAACGCAAAGUCACCAUUCCUCGGCCUCACCAGAUACGCUGUGAUUGUGUGGAGUGUGUGUCCAGCUCUGAGGUGGACAGCUUGCGUCACUCGCGGUCCCGUCUCAACAUCUAUAAAGCACUCGCCAGCCCCUCUCUCAUUGCCCUCUCCAGCGAAGAUCCCAUCCUAACCGCCUUCAGACUGGGCUGGGAACUGAAGGAGCUCAGUAAAGUGGAGAACGAGUUUCGACAAGAGUAUGAGGAGCUUUCUCAGCAGUGUAAGCUCUUUGCUAAAGACCUGCUGGACCAGGCACGUAGUUCCCGUGAGCUGGAGACCAUCCUCAAUCACCGUGAUGACCAGAGUGAGGAGUUGGACCCGCGAGAGUGCCGAGACUUGGCCAAACUCAAGCUGGCCAUUAAAUAUCACCAGAAAGAGUUUGUGGCACAGCCAAACUGUCAGCAGCUCUUGGCCACACAAUGGUAUGACGGCUUUCCUGGCUGGCGGCGCCGUCACUGGGCAGUUAAGCUGGUCAUGUGCUUCAUUAUCGGCCUGCUCUUCCCUGUCUUCUCACUGGUCUACCUGCUGGCUCCAAAAAGCACGUUGGGGCUCUUCAUCAAAAAACCCUUCAUCAAAUUUAUUUGCCACACAGCCUCCUACCUCACCUUCCUCUUCCUCCUCCUCCUGGCUUCACAGCACAUAGCACGCACCAACCUACACAUGCAGGGCCCUCCACCCACUGUGGUGGAGUGGAUGAUACUACCUUGGGUGCUAGGCUUUAUAUGGGCUGAGAUUAAGGAGAUGUGGGAUGGAGGUUUUACUGUGUAUGUCCAUGACUGGUGGAACCUGAUGGACUUCGCCAUGAAUUCUCUCUAUUUGGCCACAAUAUCUCUAAAGAUUGUCGCGUAUGUCAAGUAUAACAGUUCUCGUCCACGAGAGGAAUGGGAGAUGUGGCAUCCGACGCUGAUCGCUGAGGCUUUAUUUGCCAUUGCUAACAUCUUCAGCUCACUUCGGCUCAUCUCCCUCUUCACGGCCAACUCUCACCUUGGCCCGCUGCAAAUUUCUCUUGGCCGCAUGCUGCUGGAUAUCCUCAAGUUCCUUUUCAUCUACUGUCUAGUGCUGCUGGCCUUCGCCAAUGGACUCAACCAGCUUUACUUUUACUACGAGACCGAGGCAGCAGAUGAACCCAACCACUGCAAGGGGAUCCGCUGCGAGAAACAGAACAAUGCAUUCUCUACGUUAUUUGAAACACUUCAGUCUCUGUUCUGGUCGAUAUUUGGCCUUCUGAAUCUGUAUGUAACAAAUGUGAAAGCUCGGCACGAGUUCACUGAGUUUGUUGGAGCCACCAUGUUUGGCACUUACAAUGUCAUCUCACUGGUGGUUCUCCUUAACAUGCUCAUCGCUAUGAUGAACAACUCCUACCAGCUCAUUGCUGACCAUGCUGACAUCGAGUGGAAGUUUGCACGAACCAAGCUUUGGAUGAGUUAUUUCGAUGAGGGUGGUACACUCCCCCCACCAUUCAACGUCAUCCCCAGUCCUAAGUCAUUCUGGUACCUGUGUCGAUGGGUACAUGGGCGGCUCUGUGGGUCGGAGGCUGCUCCGCCUGAAGAAGACCCCCAUAAACAUGAGAAUCUGAAGGAGUUUACGGAAAAGCAUGCUGACAGGCUGAUACAGAAUCAGCAUUAUCAGGAGGUCAUCCGUAGUCUAGUGAAGAGAUAUGUGGCGUCCAUGAUCCGCAACGCCAAGACAAGCGAGGGGCUGACAGAGGAGAAUUUUAAGGAGCUGAAACAGGACAUUUCCAGUUUCCGCUAUGAAGUUCUGGACCUUCUUGGCAACCGAAAGCCGCCCCGACGGAAUUAUUCCUCCAGCAGCGAGGCGACGCUUCGAGACGAGAUCAGCGACGAUGGCGAGGCCUGUCACCACAGCGAUGGGAGCAGCAUCGGGGCCAAAGGUGUGUCUUUCAAAACCAUUACACCUUCGGAUCCAUCGUACGGAGUCUCGGCCCUCUUUCACUCCAUCUCCGGAAUGGAGGUCGCCACAUCGAUGACAGCAGCAUCGUCUGCAUACAGGGAGGGUAAACCAAAGAUCAACGGACUGAGGAAGAACCCCUCUCCCUCCUCUUCCCUGUCCUCAGUGGCUGCAGCUAGACCUGCACUUUCACGAACUUGGAGGCGCUUUUCACGCUUCUCUAGUUCCAAGAAGAACUCCUUCAGACGGCUCGGGCUGCUGUUCUCACGCAUGGGCAGCCACCUUCCACAGCCUGCAGGUGUUACUGCUGCAACCUACACUAUUUCAGAUGGAUUGCUUCAACCGCCGGGGGCUUGGAAUGACUUGGGCUUCACUAGGGGUGAUGGUCCCGUCACCCGCAGCGAGACCAACCUUAAUCAGGUGGACGUGGCCGUUUUAAACGAGGGCGACAGUGCCAUGACAACAAAUGGACAGAGAGCUAACGGGAGGGAUGUUUUACUGACAUUAGGACCUCUGUCCCCACCCUCUUCCCUGCACUGUGCUUCCAGUUUCUCCGCCUCCAGCUCCCACCUCCUGGACUCAAAUGAGGACGUGUUCCAGGGAUUGGUCGGGCCCUGUGGCGGACAAACGCCAGACUCCUCCUGCUGGGUAACGGAACAGGACGAUUCGGUGACCACGCAGCUAUAGUGUUGCGAGUAUGUACUGUACAGCACUUUGAUAAUAACAAUAAUCAGUGAUGAUAUCAAUAACUAUUACCUUAACCACAACCAAUUAUUCUGUUUGUUCUUUUGUUUGCUGCUGCAAUAUUUGUUUCAAUAUUUCUUUCUGAGAUUUAACCAAAUUGAAAGUCAUUUACAAGACAGAUGGGAUGAGUAAAUGAAAUGAUGGACGACAAGAGAUUCAGAAGGGACAGAAAAGUGCCAUAGUCAGCAGAGCAGACAAACGCAAACCAGGUUGCAUUUGUGUCUUCAUUACAUCACAUCAUUAAAGGGAUAGUUCACACAAAAAUGUCGUUCUGAAACUCUAUAUAUUUAUUUUUCCUUCUACAGAAGAUAUUUUGAAGACAAAAAGUUUUAGUUACUUACCAGUGAUUUCUAUAGACCACAGAUUUUGAUGAUGUGUUUCCACAGUUAUUAACAUCAUAAAUCUAGCAGCGGGUUUAUAUUUUAUUUUAUUUUUUUAUUUUUUUUACAUUUUCCUAUUCAUUUUACAUUUAUAAAAAAGUUUUCUUACCUUGGCACUGAAUUACAUACAACUAGUUAACACUGCUGCGUGAGUGUUUCUAAUACAACAUCAGCUGAGGGAGUGACAGCAAAUCUGACAUUUUUCUUUAUUCUGACCAAUGUGAUCAGUCUCUCAAUAUUUUUUUACUCUUUUGGAAGUCACUGAAUCACUAUAGUUGUUUUUUUUUUUUUUUUUUUUUUUUUUUACUAUUGUGGCAAAUGGAAAUGCAAAAAUUAUAUUUGUUGUAGUUUCCAUUCACCACUAUAGAAGUUUACCCAACUAUGACGAUUUCCACUUCUAAGAACCCCAGAAUUGUGAAAAUGGAAAAAGACAUAUCUCAAAAUAUCUUCUUUUAUGUUCCACAGAAGAUAGAUGUCAUACAGAUUUGGAACGACAUGAGGGUGAGUAAGAGUUCAUUUUCUGGUGAACUAUCCAUAAAUAAUAUCAUAUUUGACUAUUUAUUUUCUUUAUACAUAUUCCAGUCAUCAUUUGCAUCAGCGCAUUUUAGUCCAAAGAUAAAAAUGCUUGUCUUCAUCAAAAACUUGAGUCAAUCAGUGUCUAAAACAACUCUUCUUUUGUUUGAUGUUAAGUAUUCUGUGCAGGCUGUUAAUAUUAAUUAGCCAUUUCAACAUUUUAUUAUCAAAUUGUUAGUUCAGUAAUUUAAUGCUGGUUGAAGUUCAUUUUAAUAAGGUUACGACAAUAAUAGCAAAUAAUUGAUAGGUUUACAUUGUGUUACUAUUGGGGAAGGUAAACUUGACAUUCAUGGAUAAAACCAAGUCACAUCCCAGUUUAUUUAUUACAUUUAUGUAUUUAUUUUUACAUUGAAUAUCAAAUAUAUUAGUAAAAUACUUUAAGAGUGGUGUUUCAUGUUGACUUUAACCCUAAACCACAGCAGUCAACCAAUUCAUGCCAUUCAGUUCAAAACUCAACUCUAUCACCAAUGUGAUUGGAAGCAUUGUCAUUUCAUAUAUUAUAUUUUUAGAAAAAGUUCUCAUUGGCAAGCGUACAUCAGCAAGAAACACAUCUCAUAUGGAGAUGUGGAUGUUUAAGGUUAUGGUGGAACAGGAUUAAUUAUUUUUUUCCUUGGUGGAAAAAAUAAAAAAAUAAUUUCCUUAUCAGUGAGCGAUUGGCAUUCAUGCGGUGAAGGUUUUUCACUUUAGUGCUAUGAUAUGUGCACAUCAUAGUGUGAUAUUACUCUUGUUAUGCACCCGGAGGGCUGAAGUUAUGCUAGAAUCUAACAUGACUGAAAUCUUAUUUUUGUAUUUUGAAUAGCAUGUACAAAUGAUUUAAUUUCAAGACUGUUUUAGUCUAGACAGACAUAAUUUAUACAUUAUACUAUUGUAAUGUUAGGAGCGUUUUUUUUUUUCUCUUUUUUUUUUUUUUUUUUGACUGCUUACUUUUUACUGUAUGUGAAUAUAAAUUAGCAUAUUAUAAUAAUCAGGUAUGGGGGAGAUGUCCAGGGACAUGCAUCGAAUAAGACAUCCCCCUGCUCUGUGAUGAUGAAUGCUGACAAACCAUGUACAGCGCCUUGGAAAAAUAUUCAGACAUUUAACCAACUCUGAUAUUUUAUUGUAUUACAAAUAUGACAUUGAACUUGUAGUUAGAAAUUAUUUUAAUUUUACGUUGUGUCGGAAAAUAUAAGUAAAAAUUGGUGAAGGGACACAAAUAAUCUAAAAAUUAGCAUAGAUAAUCAGUUUGAAAAUAUAUAAUGAUGUGGUAUUUAUAUUUUUAAAAAAGUUCAAUAAAAUAUUUAUGUCUUAAUUGCACUGUUAACAUUUUUGAGUGUUGCUAUCAUCAAAAGGUUCCAAGAUGUUACUAUGCAGGGACUGAAUGCAACAAAAACAAUGUCACGUUUUAGGAAAUUUAUUUCAGUGCUUUCAAAUGAAGCCACACAAAGGACACAAUUGCAAUGUGGGACUGUGUAAUCCAGUAACAUGACAGAAUUGGUCAAGACCUGAUUACUUUUGGCAAGGUGCUGUAAAUGCUUAUGUAAACACUUGAAUGAAAUACAUGCUCCUCUUGUAUGAUUCUUACCACUUUCUACUUUUGCUUGGAAAUGUGUGAACAUACGAUGAAGAUAAAAAAAGUAGUUCUGACAGCCAGAAACUGAACUCAAGGGAAUGCCGAAUAUGCAGAUUCAAUAAAGCUGAAUAACCCUGGUGAUGUCUUUGAUUUCUUGCCAUUUCUCGACAAGAUAUAA